AUGUUGAAGUUUGAAGCCUGCUUAACUGUUGAUGUGGAGGGUAGGAGUGGAGGUCUAACGGUUAUGGGGAAAGAUACAAUGCGCUAUAGUGUGCUGAACUUUACACGGGAUUUUGUCAACAUCUUAAUCCAAGAUAAGAAAGGUAUUCACCCUCACCCAAAUGUUUUGUGUGUCGGUUUCCACCCGGCAGUUAGUGACUACAAUCUCGCUGAUAUCGUUAUUGAGGGCCAUCAAUUCACGUGGAUCAAAAUUAGGAGCACUGACCAUGUGGUGGAGGGGCGACUGGAUCGAGCAUUAGCAACCCCGGACUGGAUGGACUUGUUUCCUAAUGUUAAGCUUGUCAACCUUAUAAUUUCUCAUUUGGAUCAUAGUCCUAUUUUACUUCAUUGUGAUCCUGGUCAUCAAAAGCGUAGAAAUUACAUGUUCAAAUUUGAGAGUUGCUGGUUGAAAGGAGAAGACAUUGAUGAUGUUGUUCAGAACAGGUGGAGGCAUGGCGAGCGUAUUGGUUCGUGUGCGGAAGAACUGAAUAAUUGGAAUAGAGCGCGAUAUAGAAAGAUGAAAAAGAAGAUGGAGAGACACUAG